UUCCAAACGUGUCAGUCAACCAGUCAGUUGAUUAUUUUUGUGUGUGUGUGUGUGGUGGGGGGAUGUUGAAAAGAGCUCGAAACCAUCCUUCAUCUCUAUGACCGACGGACAACUGAAACAGAGACAAGGACACAGGGACGUACAGUUUCUCACCGAGGAAACUCACCCAUCAGUCUACUUCCUGACAUCACCCCUGCUGCUGUCUAUGAGCUGCUCUGAGGCAGAGGAUUGGACUUUCCAACAAUCCUGACAUACGGAAAAACCCUGUUGAAGCUCCCACCAGCAGCAGCGGCAGCAGCAGCAGACACCAUGUCCUCUCCUUCCCUCCCCAUGCCCUCUCUCCCUCCCAGCCCUCUGGCUAUGGAGUACCUAAACGACUUUGACCUCCUCAAGUUUGAGGUGAAACCUGACACCCCUCCGCUCCCUCCCCCAUGUGCGUAUCCAAAAUCAGGCCUCCCCCACGACCCCUCCAGUUCUCCAUACACCAGCCAUCCUCCGCAGGACUCCAGUUUGAGCUCCAGCCCUUACAACUCGCUGCCACCUUCACCGACGCUCAGCGAUGCCCACCCACCACCUUCAGGCUCCUCCUCCCUCUCUUCGUCAUCCUCCUCCAUCUCUUUCCCCCUCUCCAUCUCCAACAGCUUCACCUCCGGCAUCAGCUCCGGCUCUCAGGGGAACGUGGAAGGCAGUCCGGCCCACGGCGGGCCUCAGGGUCCCACCCCGGCCUCGCUGGAGGACCUGAUCUGGCUGGCAGCACUGCAGCAACAGUUUGGAGGUGAAGUGACGGGGCCCGCCACUUUGCUGGGGGCCUUGGGGGGAGUGCCAGAGCGAGGGGACAGAGAGAGGGGGCCGGUCAAUGGCUUUCUGGGAUGUGAGGAUGCUGUGGAGGCUUUACUGAACUCAGCUGCUGCAGCUGUCAGCUCACAGUUUCCAGGGCUUUCUCAGAGUUCGAGCAGUAACCUGGGAGACUCCAGCAGCGACAGCGGGGCCGACAUCUCCUGCCCCAAAGGGACAGACAUGUGCCAUCGCCCGCUCGUCUUCCUCUCAUCUGCCCCGCCCUCGCUCCCAAACGCCGCCCCCACCUCAGCUCCCUACCCACAACCCCUCAGCCCCCAGGGUCGCCUUCAUCACCACCAGCAUCACCAUCAUCAGCACCACCCGCACCACCCCAUGCAUGGCAGCCAUCACCAUCAUCACCACCCACAACUUAAUCAGUGCGGGGUGAAUGAGCGCUUCUCUGAUGAGCAGCUGGUGAGCCUGUCAGUGCGAGAGCUGAACCGACACCUGCGGGGAGUGAGUAAGGACGAGGUGGUGCGCUUGAAGCAGAAACGCCGCACGCUAAAGAACCGCGGCUAUGCCCAGUCCUGCCGCUACAAGCGCUUACAGCAUCGCCACGCUCUGGAGUCAGAGAAGCAUGUGCUCACGCAACAGUUGGACCAGCUACAGUGUGAGCUGACUCGAGUGCUGAGGGAGAGAGACGCCUACAAGGCUCGCUACGAGAAGCUCCUCAGCACGAACCACGGCAUCGGUGGCGACGCCCCACCGACCCGCACCAGCAACCCACCUUCCCCACCCCCUGACUACUUCCUCUGAGCUUAACCCACAGGGGAGAGGAAGAAAAAAAACAAGAGGAAUGAGAAACCAGCCAACGUGGAGCAAUCAAUGAUGAGUAAUCAGACUUGGGGAAGAAAACAAGGAUGUGUAUGUGUGUGUAUGUGCGUUUGUGUGUGUGAGAGAAAGUGAAAGAGAGGCAUUGGCAGGCAGUUUUUGGGGCGAUACAACUGUGAAAACCACUCUUGAGUGAAUAAAGGGGAAUUGACUGUUAAUUCGUAGGGUUAGACUCAGCUCUAGUCUGCUUCAUGGACUCUUUUACUUCACUGUGAAUGAUAGUUGCACAAAACUGAGCUGAGGGUGCAACAGCGGACAAACAAGACUCUGAAAAAUGGAUCAACAAAGCUUUAUCUUGCAUUAAAACUCAUCAAUAGUCUCUGACACCGCUGAGCAUAUUAUCUAUGCAAUAUUAUAUAGCUGCAAUGAACUCUCCAAAUGAGCGGUCGAGGCUCAAAUUGUAGUUGUGUUUUUUUAUAAUAAGCUGCUAAAGCUGCAGAGGUCUGAGUAGUGCAGUGGUGCUGGAUGUGGAGUGGUAUGGGCUUGGAUAAAGUAUCCACGGCAUGCAGUUGUAUUUGCCAGCUAAUAUUUCACAGUUGCCUACCAAAGUGUUUAAGCUCACCAAGACUUGUUAUUCUUUGUAAGAUGAAUAAUCAUAGAUUAAAGAAUGUACAAGGAUACCUUUCAUAGGAAUCUUCCAGUGAUUGUGCUAAACAUCCCAGAAUAGUGGGGAUAUUGCUCUUGUGUUUUAGCAAAGAAAUCUACCUUUUUGCUGGUUGGAGAAGACUUGCUGUUUGCUCUAAAAAUGGGUUUUUACAUACAGGGAGCUGGUAGUGUGCUGAACUAAAGCGACUGCAUAUGGUGAAAGAGAAAGAGAGAGAAACCCAUCGCAGCAGGCGAAAAGAGUGUGGCAUGAUUUGUGUGGUUGUGUCCAGUUCUCCAGACUAGAGAAGCUAUUUUUGGGCAGAUGGAACACCUCUGUAACAGGGACGAUCACCAUAUUAAUGCAACAUGUGGCACCACAGAGCUGGUCACUGUGGACUCGGGUACUGUGGGCUAACGGAUGCAACAGAAAAUUAAUGGUGCAGGGAUAAUAAAAAAAAUGCAAUCAGUCUUUUCAUGGAGACCCCUUCUUAAAGGUGCAGUGUGUAGGAUCCAGGGGGACAUAUUGGCAGAAAUAGCACGUAAUAUAAUAAGAAUGUUUUCUUUAGUGUACGAUCACCUGAAGAUAAGAAUCUUUGUGUUUUCAGUACCUUAUAUUGAGCCAUUUAUAUCUGCACAGGAAGCAGGGGUCUCAUUUAUAAACAUUGCGUGCACACAAAAGAAAGAAAGAGGCGUACGCUGACUCCCACACAAAAGUUUUGAUUUGUAAAAACAGACUUGACGGGACAAACUCUGACCCAUGCUAACGAACAAUUGGUGACGUGGAUGGUGAGGCGGAAGCCAGAUUGUAGAAUUUUUUUGGGCGCACGCCAUUUUUGGAUUUUGUCCGUAUGUACAUUUUUAGUAUGGAUCCUAUUCAUUUUUUUUUUAUAAAUGAAACCCCAGGUCUCAGUCUGCAGAGAUCGCCAUGUUAACCGCAACGGUAGUUCAGAAUGGACAAAACAAACACUGGCUGUAGAUAGAGCCACUCGCAUUUUCGUAUAUCGUAGUUAGAGGCCGCUCCACAACAGACAUACAAAACACUGAUUUGUAACGUGACACUGCUUUACUCAGUGUCAGUCACUAUGUCUUUUUGUUUUGGAAUGAAGGACACAUCUGUGGAUAAUUCAGCUCACGGUGAAAACUUCCUAAACAUCUGGAUCUUUAGUUAUAAGAGAAAAAAAGGCAUGCGCACAUUAGCAUGCGGUGAGCUAGCCACCUGUCUCCAACAUGCCAAACAGCAUCGACAAAACACUGAUUUGUAAUGUGAAACUGCUUUAUUCAGAGUUUUCACCAGUUUUAAUCACUGGGUCUGUUUGUUGUGGAGAGGAAGAGACCUCUGUGGAUAAUUCGGCUCUCAGUUAAAACCUCCUGAAUGUCUGGAUCAGAAAUAAGAUGAGCACACAUUAAGUCAUCAGAGAAAAUAGGUGAGCACACUUUUGCAGGUGCUGGGCAAGCCGGCCAUCUGCAACAUGCCGAACAGAGUAAGAAAAACACUGAUUUGUAAUGUCAAAGAACUUUAUUUAGGGUUUUAUCAGUUUUAAUCACUGGGUUGUUUUGGAGAGGUUUAGACCUCUGUGGUUAAUUCGGCUCAUGGCAAAAACCUCCUGAAUGGUGAACACUGAAGUUUCAGCUGGUUGCAAUCUGCUAUAUGCCAUUAAAUCCCCCUAAAUCUUACACAUUGAACCUUUAACUGUCCCAUGAAAUCAUUGCCAGGGUUCAUGCAUUAGAGCUAUUUAUUUUGUUUGGGUAUAGGUUAAAUAAAAUGUUCUUUUAUUUAUUCACUUAUUUAUUCAGUAUUUAUUGUUUAUUUAUGUACUGAUUCUAAUUAUUUUUACUUUAUUGGUUUUAUUCCAUUAGCGUGUAUUUUUACUUUCCUACAGUUUAUUAUUUUAUCCAAUUGUGAUUAGCAUUAACAAACAAUGACGGCCAUGAUCAUGGUUUCCUGCUCCUGUUGUAGUGUGGUUUCAUAUGCAUAUGAAAUAAACAGUACUUUACCAUCCCUGUCAUGCUGUGGA